AUGGUGGUACAAAGCUCUUUAUUUUGUGUUGGCCAGAACACGGAGGACCUGACUGGAGAAGAUGCAGCGCUGUCUCCCUUAGGUUUCUGUCACGCCCCCUCUGCAUUUAAAUCUAACUUUAGACAACAGCCAGUAGCAGUGGCAUCAUCGUCUGCCUCUCUCCUGAGCUCUCCCUUUUCAUUCGCUGAGCAUAACAACAGAUCAUAAUAUGUUUAAAAAGUGACAGGAGUAGUUAGAAGGCACUGGGUCUGACACUGAGUCAGAUAUUUUCUGCUCCUCCCUAAUCCCCAAUGGAAAGGUUAGGGUAAUCUGAUCUUAGAUCUGUGAUGAGGGACAACAUCUGGGGGUUUGAUUAUGAUAUCUGCCACCCUUGUCUCUGAAAACACAAUUUCCUCAGUGUCACACCACAAUCAUUCCCCAUGGUGAGAUGACUUUUCCCCUCCCUCUAACCGCCAUCCUGAGUCCCUGUACAUGUCAUCAUGGUCCAUCACAGCCCACGCAGGGAGAGGCGUAGAGCCGUAAUAGAUGGCCCUCCGAGCAAACAGCCCAACAGCAUAUCAAUUACCCAUCAUGCCCUGCUCAGCCAGACGCCACGAUGCAACCACUCCCCAGCCCAGCAGAUGAUAAGAUAACGGGCAAACGCAGAUAUAAUGGCACUUUUUCUGUUGCUUACAAAUUGUGUGCUGUGGACCCGGCAGCACACCUAUCGGAUCCUGUCUGAUGUGUGUGUGUGUGCUGAUUUCCCAGUCACAUCUGUCAAUGGAGGCCCAGCUGCCAGCCUGUUGAUGUGCUCUUUUCAUUACAGGCAACACGUCUUAUGUCAUUUCUUUAUAAACCCUUCAGGUUAAUUUGUUCAGUACUGCUGACGAUCACACUGAUGACAUGACUCAGCCUCUCCUGGUAUUAUUACAGCUGUGUGGCCCCUAAUGGUCCACUAAAGUGAUUGAAAAAGGCAAACAGUUGUUGGGCACAGGGACAGAUGGAGUCACACCUCAUACUCCAUCUCGCCUCUCAGGCUGAGCUGGGAUGUCUCACACUGCCUAGCCUCUUAGAAAAAAGGGUUACAAAAGGGUUCUUCGGCUGUCCCCAAAGGAGAGAACCCUUUUUGGUUCCAGGUAAAACUAUUUUUGGUUCUAGGUAGAACUAUUUUGGGUCCCAAAACGGUUCUACUUGGAACGUAAGGGUUCAUUUGAAUCCUGUUAUGGUAUCAAGACCACUUCUGAGAGCAGAUUACCUCAGUGUGUAAUCCCUCGCAUGUGUUGUGUGUCCAUGAGGCCAUAUGUGUACAAUAAAUUAAUUCCUUGUAAAAGAGAGGAUUGCAAUUAUUUGAAAAGAUCAACAAUGAAUCAAGCGAUUCAUUUCGUGGAAUUAGAUGCUUAAUCAAACAAUGGCCCCAAAUAACGUGGGUACGAGGUGCUGAUUCUGAGCAACAUAAAAAAAAUAAGGAUUCAUUUCCACACUGUUCCCAUCUCCUAUUCUCACUCUCUCCUCCCCUUUACAUUUCUGACCCUCAUUGCCUUUACACUUGACUAUUUGUGCUGAAUCGUGAGCACCAAUUAGGGCUUGGAGAACCCUCACAUGGCCAAUCAGAGCCUUGCCAGUGCCCUUAUCAAGUGCAUGUCUCAUUUGCGCCGGAUGCAAGCCUGAUGCCAAGUGGGUGGUUUUCCAGGGAUUAUCAAUGUGAAGUAGCGAGAUGCUCUCCACACACGUGAGGUCAUGGCUGUUAUGUGGGAUAGUUAUCCAAAAGUUAGGUGAUUCUAUAAGAGGGGGUUAUAAAAUCCUCCUCCAACCCCUCUUCCUGGAGACUCUGUCUUUGAAGCCUAUUUGUGAUCUAGCACACCUGAUUCUACUACUUGAUUCCCAUGAGUACCUUGAUUAGCUCAAUCAGGUGUGUUGGAGCAGGGCUGGAACAAAAGCCUGCAUUCCCAGAAGCUCUUCGGAAGGAGGUUUGGCCACCCCUGUUCUGGAAGAUUCUUAGGUGGAAAGCUGGUUAUAGCACUUCUAUUUAGCGAGGCGAGCUCAGUCCAAUGUCAGUGUUAGCGUUAGCAUGCCAGCUGCAAAGAGCCAUGUUGAGCAUCAAUCAUCGCCUGACUUCUGUUUCUCUGUAAUGUUUUGGGAAAUGGUGGCCUCACUCAUUAGAGACAAAAUGGGGGGGCAGGGGCCAGGAGAUGUACUCUAUCUACACAGCAGAUAACAUGGGACAUGGACUCAUCUUAAAAUGUGAAUAUUUUGAGUUCUGAAAACAUCUGACAAACCUUGAUUUGGGAGUGAACUAUCACUUUAAGACAGUAGCUGGGGAUAAGGCAUAUUCCUUUGUUCAAAAGAGAAAUAAAUAGUUAAUAACUUAACAACAAGGAUGGGUGGUGGAAACAAAUAUCACAUUUCCUUGUCUCACAGUGCCACAUGGCACAAAGCGACUUAUUUGCCCAUUUGUUAAUUAGCAUAACACUAGCAGCUUGCAACUGCCGUAAACUGAUUCCUUUGUCUAACUUUUUAAAAGGAAUGGUAGAGCGUGAUAAUGUAGAGUGUGAGAGCAUUGCUGGAAAUGCAUAUAAAAACCAUAUGUGGUUCCAUAUAGCUCCAACCUUAUUUCCAGUGUAUUAGUGCAGCAAACUGCUUAGUGUUAAGUGCUUCAUUUUUCAUACUUGUAUGGGAUCCAUGUUAUGUAUAAUUAAUGUGUGGAUGGGCCUGCCUCUGGAGGUACCUUAGAUAAAUAUUUAAACACCAAAGUACCCACUACAAUGUGGUACUCUCUGGCACUCCGGCACUCCCUCCUAUUCACUACACAGUGCAGAACUUCACACACAAGCAUAGAGCAUGGUGGCCUCGCUCAUUACAGACAAAAUGGAGGGGUCCCUUAAAGCAGCAUACACAUUAUGCAUUGCGUGAUAUGAAACAGCUUGUCUAUAUAGAUGUGGCUAGAAGCGCUGAAUGAAAUAUAUCUAUAUAAUAUGACCAGCUCACUGUAAUGUUCAGGAUACCAGUGACUCAUGUUGAUACACAACAAGAGAGGGAAAAGGUUACUGUGCCAUUCUGUAGAGUGGGGCUUCGAUUCACCUGGCUGCUAGCUUAGCCUACUUCCCCUUUAGCGACUGUUUCUCUUGCUAAUGAUUGCUAAAUGACAUCAAAUCAAAUUGUAUUCGUCACAUGCUUCGUAAACAAAAUGUGUGGACUAACAGUGAAAUACUUACGGGCCCAUCCCAACAAUGCAGAGAGAAAGAAAACAGAGAAAUAAUAGAAAAGUAAAACACGUAAUAAUAAAAGUAAUAAUCGAUACACAAUGAGUAAAGAUAACUUGGCUAUAUACACAAGGUAUCAGUACCGAGUCGAUGUGCAGCGGUACGAGGUAAUUGAGGUAGAUAUGUACAUAUAACUAGGAAUAAAGUGACAGUCACCAGUAAUAUUGUGCAACUGUGUGAAGCCUCAGCAAAAUAGCGUAACAACAAAUCCAUACCUUAAUGUCUGAUUCCCAAUAAUAAACUCAAAGUACCUUUAAUAGGAUUUUGAUUGGGUAGGUUGGUUGUCUUUCUGAUGGUAGCAUCAGGUUAGGUGGUAGUUGACAGCUUUUGUUAUUGUGGUUAGCUUUGAAUCAGUCCGGCUAGGAGCUUGCCAGCUGUGCAGGCCUUUAUUAACACAUCUCAGACUUGAAGGAAUUGUGUGUAUUUAUUGUGGAAACAUGUAGCUUGAACCUUAUCCUCGUCCUGUUUUUACUUCCUGCCUCGUAUACAUUGUGGACGUUGACAAAGAAAAUAAUUUCUGCUGUCAUAGUGUUUCAAAUGAAACCAGACAUUUUUCUGUCAGUCAAUGUAAACAUUUGCAUGGCAAGGGUUGGCCUUGACUGGCUUGCUUGACUGUACAUACUAGGUACAAUGAGCACAGCUUGUGGUUUACUCAAUGUCAACCUUCACCUUCGAAAAGGAUCAACCUCCAACGAGAUUGGAGUAUGAUAGUCAGCAGGAAGAUGAUGGAAUUAGCAUUUCUACCAUAACAGAAUAUGAUAAACAGCUGCUGUUUGACUUGUACACUCACUGGGUGUUCUAAAGUGGAUUAUUUUUCAGUUGGUAUUUUCAACAUGAAUUUCCAUUGAAGUAUGCUCAUGAAAUGACUGAAUACAUCCAACAGUGUAUUUUCAGUCCAUAGGCAUACACACUGUUUAAAUGUCUAUUCGUCACUAAACGUUUGCCUCUAAUCUUUUAUUCAUCCACUUUAUAUAUGUAGUCCCUAUACUGUAUUGAUUCCUCCACUUUAUAUAUGUAGUCCCUAUACUGUAUUGCACUCUAAAUCGAUGACUUGAUUUACAACACUAGAGUUUAUUUACUACAAGGAUUAUAUCUGUAUUCCUACUUCUCUUGAUUACAUCCUUAUUCAAGUAUCUGAUCUUAUGUUUCCACUCACAUUGAGAAAGCAAAGCAGGCUCCAAACAGAGUCUGGCUUGACCUCCAAAGACAAUCCUCUUAGUGAUACCGUGCAAGUGCUGAAAUCUGCAACUGUGUGACCUUCUGGUGUGGGCACGUUGAUAAGGGAGAGAAAUCCCUUGCUCUCUCCAACACUUAGCACCUUCACUAACUCUUUAUGUCCUCUCUCGCUCUCCCUCCCUCACUUUCCAGCACCACCAAAGUUUUUAAGAACCCCCAAUGACCAAACGGGCGUGCAAGGAGGUGUGGCAUCCUUCAUCUGCCAAGCAACGGGAGACCCACGCCCCAAGAUCGUUUGGAACAAGAAGGGGAAGAAAGUCAGCAACCAGAGAUUUGAGGUAUUAGGUCUAUUGUUCUGAUGUAAAAUGCUCGACAAAAAUGGGAAUGCUCAACAGUGCUUUUGGUCCUCCCCCAAACCCCUAACACAUAAUCCAUCCCCCCGCUCACCCAAACUGCCUUUGCCACCACGCAUUAGCAGGCUCUAAUAAUCACGCAGCCAUCUAACAUGCAUGAGUUAUAAUGAGCAAGUACACAGAGAUCUGGUGACAGAUUUGUAAUUAAAGAAAGAAAGGAUGAAAGAUGGAGAGAGAAAGAAAGAAAAGGGGGAAGAAAUGGUGUGCCCCAGAUACCUAUAUUAACAUCAUGCUGCAUUUGGCUGCCUUAUGCAAAACGAGAGCAGUGUAGCUCUGUGGUUCAAAGCUCUUUUGCUUCGUGGCAUCUUUAUCUAAAUGCAUGUCCCCCUCCCUGCUUGGUUUCGCUGCAAGCUUUGAUUUGUCCUUCUCUUUAAUCGCCAUGACAAAUAACACAUCAGCUCCGAACAGUGAUAAGAUUUCUAUUAAUUUCUGUGUCAUUCCCUUUCGGAGUGUAUCAUGGUCCCCCCCCCCCCCCCCCCCCCCCCUAUUCUUGCCAUACUACUACUCAGCAGUAGUGGCUUAUCUGGGUUUGGAGAACCUUCUCGCCUCUUUGGCAUCUCAUACGCCGGGCAGAAAUCGAAUCUUAUCAGAGUGCAUCGCAUUUGCGCCGCUCCACGUGCUGAAUGCUAACGCACUAGCUUGCUAACUCUCCUUUCGCCGCUGCAAACCUUGCUUGCUUGCAACCACCCUCAUUCCCCCACUCACGUGCCGCCGCCUCCUCAUCCCUAACAAAGCCCAUUUCCUUUUACAGAAACACUGAGACUUUCUCAAUCCCAUUUUCUUUCUCUUUGAGUUUGAAAUUGGGAAGGGAGCACUUUUACUUACCAUCAUCACAUGCUCUUGCAAUGAUUGCCCAAAUGUGCCCUAGUCGCUUGGCCACUGAACCGUCAAGGUGUUUUGUUAAACUAACACGUGAAAUGAUAUGCUCUGAACUGUACCAAUGAGUAUCGAGGCCGGCCUCUGUACGUGUGUCUGGGUGUGUGCUUGUGUGUCUGUCUGCGUGUGUGAGGUUCUUACCAGUCCAUUUUUGUAUUUACACCUACCUAAAAAUUCUUAAAAAUGAGUUAUGAUACAGGGCUUUCUAAAAACAGUGAGUAUACAGCAUGCAACGAUAGCUGUAAAAGCUACAAAACACCUGUUUGUGAACAUUUUAUGUGUCGUCCGUCCAAAACAAUCGGUCAUGUCUUUUUGUACAACUAUCACGUCAUGGUGAUAACAAUUGUUCGUUACUGUUUAUCGAACCACAUUUAAUUGUUUGUUAAUGUUCUGUCCCGUUUGAUAUAUUUCAAUGUGAUGCAUUUCUGGGAGAAAUAGUGUGUUAACUUUAAGAGUGGGGCGAACCAAAAUUUACAUAGAAUAUAAAACAGACAUAAAAGUUAAAGUAAUUAUUUCCGACUGGCCAGUAGAUACUUUCCCAUUCUUAAAGUUAGUUGUCCACUUUGGUUAUCUUUCCAAUAAUUAGUACACAAGAUAAACUCAUAUUUCGGAUCGAAAGUUGAUGUCGGAGAGCUGUGAGCCAUCUUUUAAUUGAUAUUAUGUUUAAUCUUCCAUUACAUCACUAUAUAAUAAUAAGCUCUCUGAACACAGCUUCUCUGGUAAUAACUAUACCAGUGGGUAGCCAAUCAUAAACACGAACAACAGUCUAAGGGCAUAACUAGCCAUGAAAAACAUUGAUCAAUAGUGACAAUGAUAACAUUAUUAUCUACAUGUUAUAGACAUGGGAUCUUUUCCUCGUAAACUCACAAUGCGAUACACACGUGGGUUCUGUAUCAAUUACUUAAAAGUCCAUCCUCUCCUUGUCUCCUCCCCUUCACCUGCACUUAACUGAAAAUACAUGCUUCAGGCUGACUUUCACCUGGUCAGUUGUUUCAAGUCAGAGCAAUAAAGGAGAGAAGGUGAGUGGUGGAUGGACUUUUUAGACAAUUGAGAAAGAGCACAUAUACUCCCAAACACUCACCCAAAUAAUGUGCUUAUAUUAGGAGCUGAUAUUAGGAUAUAAUAUUAGUGUAUACUAUCCAUAGCAGCUUUCAUAGUUUUCUAACGUGUGUUAGAAAACAGUGUGUUUGGCACCAUCAGUGUUGUAGGCCAAAUGUGUUUAUACUCUGCUGCAGGAGUGGUUGGAAUUGCUCUGCGCAAGCUUCCGUCACCGAUUGGGAACAAAAAAACUCCUUUAACAUAUCUUGUUUCUCGCACCUGCAGGUGAUUGAGUUCGAUGACGGCUCUGGCUCGGUGUUGAGAAUUCAGCCCUUGCGUACGCCCCGAGACGAAGCCAUAUACGAGUGCGUCGCCUCCAACACUGUUGGAGAGCUGAGUGCAACUACGAGACUCACUGUUUUACGUGGUAGGUGCUCCUUUCUCCGCGACCGAAAUGCUAACUCUUGUUCCUUUAACUCUCAGUUUCUUCAACUAACCAGGUAA